UGGGUAAGGCAUUGUAGAUGUGCUUUACCUCACAUAGAAAGAAGCUAAUGGUUACCUGUAUAGAGGUUUAAUGUUCCUAAUUAUAUCCUAAACACGUUACCACAAUUUACAUUUUAUUUUUAUUAAGAGUGUCCAAAAUGCGCUAAAGUUAACUGAAAGUCUGGUUAAGUAAGGACAGAUCCUAGAAGUCAAGAUAUUUUCAGUUUUGUGGUGACAAUAUAGAAAAUGCAUUCAGUAGUUAAAGGUGUCCUCCUGUCUGGGGUGACUGGCUUGGGUUGGAUGGCUCUGUUUCGUCUCAGUAACAGUCUUCUAACACACUAUUUUAGAGCCAGAGACUGGAAGAUGUCUCACCACCACAUAAUGAAUAUAUGUGAGGCUCUUGUGUCUGGCAUUCAGGCUGUGACAUCCUCUGUGUGUGGGAUUAUUGUGGUGGCUUCUUGUCGCCAUGAUGUAAUGUGGGCCGUCCACCCUCUAGCUGCUUGGUAUGCCUGGGUUGCUGGCAGCUACUUUGUGUAUGAUACUGUUGCUAUGUAUCAGGUUCACUUGUCUAGUCUACCCAAAGUUCCAGAACGUUUUGUGACGCGUCUGUCGAGCUACCUGAAGAGGAGGACGCUACUGGUAUUACACCAUGUUGUUGUGGCAACGUUUUUGUUCCCAGUCUUGGUGUACAGAAGAGGUGUUGGUGACUUCUUUGUAGGAUGUUUUUACUGUGUGGAGCUGAGUGGUCCUUUCACCAACCUGCGCAUCAUUCUCAGCCGAACUGGUCUGAAAGAUUCAAGGUGGUACACACUCAAUGGGAUAGCUAUGAUCGUAUCCUUUGCAACGUGUCGAGUUCUAGCGUUUCCCUACAUGUACCUGGCUUAUGGGGCUCAGUAUAACAUUGGUAUUAUGGAUGUGAUAUGGAAGAUCCCUGUGCACUGUAAUGUGGGUUCCCUUAUGGUGCUCCUACCUCAACUCCACUGGCUGAGACUGAUGGUUCUAGGGGCAGUGAAGAUGGCUCGAGGGAAGAGGGUAACUGAAGCCGAAGAGAAAAUCGAUUAAAAGUGAAAAAUUUCCAGACUAGGGAAUCCGGGGAAAAUAUUGAAGAUAUUUUAAAAUGCUGUAGAAUGAUGUAUUUAAGAAUUUUGUACAUAAUUUCUGUACUUAAAGUUUUGUAAAUGUUUGUUAACCCAAUAUAGCCAUUCUUUGUAGCACUAUAUUUUGGAAUUUUAUUUUAAUUAAAAAAAAAACAAUUA